UUGCCGGGGUGACUGAAUCCCGCGGCUUGCGUCCGUUCGGCCGGUCCUCACGGAGCGAGAAUCAACCCGCUGGAGGGCCUCAGCGGGUCGAGCAGCAUCCGCGGGAGGAGAGAGACCGCCGACGUCUCGGGUCGAGGCCCUGCAUCGGGACACCGGUCCUCAGGGAGAGCGGCGAUGGAGUCGUGCGCGCUGCGGCUGCUGCUCGCCUCGGCGCUGCUGGGCGCGGCUUCGCUGGGGGACGGGCAGACGGACGGGGGCUGGCAUACAGAUCACUCCAUGCAGAUGGUUGGCAACGGAUCAUGCAAUGUGGAAGUGAGAGACUCUUUGACUUAUUCUGAAUUUGUUCACCGGUACGCAUAUUCAAAGCCAGUUAUUUUUCGAGGACUCACGCAGAAUGAGCAAUUCAGGGCUCUCUGCUCUAAGCAAAGGCUUCUGCAGGAGUUUGGAAAUCGGUUGGUGAGACUGAGCACAGCAAACACUUACUCCUAUCAGAAAGUUGAUGUUCCUUUUAAAGAAUAUGUUGAGCACAUAAUGAAGCCUCAGUCUUUGGAUUCUUUGGGCAGUGAUACACUGUACUUUUUUGGAGAUAACAAUUUUACAGAGUGGGACUCCCUCUUCAGAACAUACAUCCAGCCUCCAUACCAACUCCCUGGUACCAAAGGAGCUUACAGCUUUGGGAUAGCAGGUGCAGGUACAGGAGUGCCUUUUCACUGGCAUGGAGCGGGAUAUUCUGAGGUUAUAUAUGGACAAAAGCGCUGGUUUCUUUAUCCACCAGACAAAACACCAGAGUUUCAUCCAAACAGGACCACACUAUCAUGGAUGCUUGACAUAUAUCCAUAUUUAGCAGAAGUGGACAAACCCUUGGAGUGUACCAUACACCCAGGAGAAAUACUGUAUUUUCCAAAUCACUGGUGGCACGCUACCCUUAAUAUUGACACCAGUGUCUUCAUUUCUACAUUUUUAGGAUGAACUCUUUGAGAACUCAAAAAUUACAUGGCUUACCCAAGCCUUUUUUUCCCGACCUUCCCUGAAUUGAGAGUCUAAAAUAGCUGCCUCAAACAGGCAUAAUGAUGAACAGGACUAAAAAAAACCAUGCCAGCCCAUGUAUCUGUUAUUUGUUCAUGGUGUAAACAUGAAUGCAGAUGAGCAUACAACCCACCCUAAAAAUGAAAGGAGAAAGAAAAGCUCAUAUGAAAAAUUCCAGGUGUCUUUUGCAUUGGGGGUGGAGUGGUGCUCAGGUUGCUGCUUUGGGGCUGGACCACCAGACAUCAGUAUGUUGAACAGCAUUGUUUGAAGUAAAGAUUCUCCAGAUGAACACAAGUUUCAUACUUGAGAUGUGGAUUUGCUCAUAUUACAUUCUUUGUAAAGAAAACAAGUAUCACUAUUACAUUCCAGCACUGAAAUAGUUAUGAUUUUUUUCCUGUAGUAUUCAAAUAGUUGAUAAUUACAGUUUAUUGUACCUGAUUUGCAGUGCAAGAAGAGAUGCUACUUAUAAUUGUGUCCCCUAGUGUACAAUUUUCCUGCAAGCAUUUUUUACCUCAAGGUAUGAAAUGUUUCCAUUUUCCUAUUCUCAUACCAUGUCAGAUUAGAGCAACAACUAUCCCAAAACACUUUACAGCCAAUAAAGCACUUUUGAAGUGUAGUCAUUGUUAUAUCUAGAAAAUAUGGCAAACCAUUAAGCACAAGCAAUAAGAUAAGCCAGAUAAUGUUUAGUAUAGGUGAGGGAGGGUUAGAUGGUAGCCAGUGCAAUAGGGAUAACUUCUCUUCAAAAUAAUGCCAGCAGAGAGCAAUGAAAGCCUUGGUCUAACAUCUCAACCAAAAAACAGUGCUCCUGUAUUGUGCAUGAACAUCAGUCUACAUACAGUGUCCAAGUCUUUAGAAUGUGGCUUGGACCCAUGAUCUAGUUGGUUGAACACAGAUAACACCCACAAUGCAUGGAUUGUCUGCACAAAUAAAAUGUAAACCAAAAUAAAUCAAUUUCAAAUACCUGCAGUGAAGGAAAACGAGGAGGAGAAAUACUGUCAGUAUCAGAUUAGAGCUUGUGUAGAUCAUCAAGUAACAGGACUUGCUGCAAAUUAGUUCGAGUGUGAAUGAGCAAAAGGCUAGCGAGGGAAGCAUUAGCCAGGUACAGAUGGGUUGAAUGGACACUUAGUCAAAUGCUCUUUGUAACUAGUGCAACAGAAAAGAUUGAAUUAGUUUCACAGUUACCUGGAAGAAGAGUGGAAAUAGUGACUAAAGGCUGAAGGAAGAACUUUGGAAAACUUGCACCAAGUGUGCCAGAUGAGAAAUAGCAUAGGAACCAAAUGAAGUGGUAACGUGAUAGAGCAGAUGGCCAUCAGUGCAGUUAUUUAACAACUUUUGCCUUUUACCAAAUAAGAAAAAUGACUCUUGACUUGGCAAACUCCAUGCCAACAAUACACAAAUUUUAACAUUCCAAAAGCUGUCACUGACAAAAUUCCAGCAAGCCAACUUCAACAGUUUUCCCAAACACAAGUAAUUUUAGUGAUUCUCAAACUGAACCAAAUCCAAUUCAAACCCUCACAAAGCAAAAUAUUGAAUAAUGGUUAUAAGGAGCUCCUGCCAAGCAAUUUAGUCACCUAUGGCUGAAAUUUGGACAUUCACAAUAGUUGUAAAAUAGUCAACUGCCAGACAAAUGACUGAAGUAUUGAAGCUUAGUGAAGGUCCUAUUAUUAACCUCUGCAUCAGUAUCAAGGAAAAAACAGAUCUAUCCAAAUCAGCUUUGACUUUCAUUCCUCAAGUGUAAUGGGAAAGUUGACUUCGUGUUGUGAUAACAAAUUAAUAUCUUACAAAAUUAAAUGUUCAAUUCCAGUAAAUAGUGAAAUAGCAAGAAUGGAAAGUUGUUUCAAUACUUAUCAAUUCAUUUUCUCCUUACUCAGUGAUCCCUGCAUUAUAAAGUGUCUGAAAACCAAUCCUUCUGUUUUGCACAAACUAAAAUGUAUGAAAGUUUAAUGUUAAGCCAAACUUUUGAGAGAAUUUAGUCUAAAAACUACAGGUAUUGCAAUAAUUUAGUAGCAACAAAUAAAUUUCUUGAAAUUAUUUGACAUCUACACCAAAAGACUGUCUUUAUAACCAUUUAAGUGCAACUACAAUGUAAAAGUGAAGCUAACUGACAGCUUAAGUAAUGGUAGACCAUUCAAGAUAUUAGACUGAUAAAUGUUAGGGAGUUUACAUACAUUUAAUAUUUCAUUGCACUGCUUAUUAGUACAAGAUAUUAUUUUCCUAUGACAAUAUUUUCCAGAGUACUUCCAGGCAUCUAAAAUGUUGGCUAAACUGCAACCUGAUGAUUUUCAGUACUUGAAUACAUGAACAUUUUCUAUGGCAUUUUAAGCAUCUAUUUUAUUUUUUACUUGGUGUUUUUGCAUUUCAACUUCGGCUGUUUCAGAUCCACCAGAAUGAGCACAGUAAUAGACCAGGCAGAGUCUGAUGGACUAUGGAGCCAGUUCUCAGACAUUCAUGUGAUUCACAGUUAUUCUCAGGAGAAAGAUUACAGGAAAAGUUAAAAAUUGUUGUAAAAAUUGAACUGGACCACCCCUGUAAAAACAAAUAAAUGUUUGAAUGUAAAACAA